AUGCUGUACGAACUCAUUGGAAUCGUCCGGCCGUCGGGCAACCUCGGCGAGGUCAAGGAAAUCGUCCUCACAGCCGGUCAGCUGAUCCUGCAACAAAAUGGCGUGAUACGGGGUCUCUCGAACUGGGGCGUCUUCUCCCUGCCAAAGGCCGUCAGCGUGCACCAGAUGCGCCACCAGAAGGGCCACUACUUUGCCAUGCGCUUUGACGCGAGCGUCGGUACGCAAGAGGCUGUGCGGAACAUGUUGCGGCUCGACCCGCGCAUGAUCCGCCACGCCAGUGUCAAGCUGGGCGACGGCAAGCUGGGGACCAUGAGCCGGUUCGGGGGCGUUGACUGGUCUCGGUAA